AUGGGUAGAGCCAUGAUGGCAGCUCGGCAUCUAGAGAAGGAGGAAAAGGAGAUCCAGAAGAAACGUGACCGAAUCCAGUGUCUGAUCGGGGACAUUCGCUUUCAUUUGUCUGCGCAAUGCAAGGGUGAUGCUGAUUUCAACUGCGUUUGGGAUGACUACUCGAAGUUUUGCUCUGAUGCCAUGAUGAAGUACGAUGCAGAUGAAGUAUUUGAAAGCCUUGCCAGCAGAAGGUUUUUCAUGAAGUGGCUCCGGGAGCAGAAGGCAGCUCCGGCCCAGGACCCGGCCCAUUUAAUUUUGAAUGCCGGCUCUCGUGAUGGAUUUGGCAAAGCCCUGGAGUUGAUGAACUUGGGCCCAGCUGGGAAUGACGAAAUUUCGGUUGUCACGCCUGCAGCCAAGCGCCCCAAGCAUGCCACGUUGGUAACCGAAGCUGUGAAUGCCACGCCUCCACCGGUGGUUGGCCCACAGACAGUCAAGAGGAUGGCUGCCAAGAAGGCGGCAGACAAGGCGGCCGUCAAGGCUGCAGACAAUGGUGAUGAUCUUGGUGACCCCGUAUCCAAAUUCGGUGAAUAUGAUUUGGAUGCCCUGGGAAUUCCUAUGGAAGCCAGGUCAGGUGACAUGGUCCAAAUUUGGCAGUCCUUCCCUGGCUUGGGUGGAAGCUUGUGCUCGCAGUGGCUUUUGAAAGAGGUGUUUGCGACUAUCGUGAGCUUGCUCUUCCAGGUCCCAGGCUUGCAGUUUGACAAGCCGUUGGAUCACUUUGAAGCGUUCAGUGGCAAGAUGUCUGUGACGAAAGGGGAGUGGAAUGAAGGCCGUGAGGCCAUGCCGUUUGACCUGGAGCUGGAUGGACAAAGAAUGGAUUUGUCUAGUUCGGAAGGGUUUUGCAACGCGUUGUGGGCUGUGGCAAACCUAAAGUUUGGAGCUGCCUUGGCAAAAACCCGAACCAAAUUCCAGAAGAGAAUCCGUCAACGAGCCUAUAAAUUUUUGAAGGAAGCCAGAAAGGACACUGGCGACUACGACAGCCGUCCCCGGGUCAACCGUUCCUUCGAAGGCAAGGUACAAUCCUCACUGUCGUACGAGUUGAGGAGAUGCCACGCCUGUGCUUCAAGAGAUGCGCUGGCACCGAAGGAAAGAAAGGAUCGUUCCAAGGGUGUACAGAAAGAGUUGGCGGAAGCUGCUUUGAAGAAAAAGAAAGAAAAAGAAGAGGAGGAGCAGAAGAAGAGGAAAAGUAGCAGUAGCAAUAAGGCAACGAAGAAGACUCAAAGGCGAGAAGGCUCAAAGAAGGCAGAGAGGCCAGAAGGCUCAAGGAGCGAGAAAGAAGGCAAAUCUGAGAAGAAGAGGAGUGAGAAAGGAGGCAAGGCUGAGAAGAAGAGGAGUGAGAAAGGAGGCAAGGCUGAGAAGAAGACUGAGAGGCCAGAAGGCUCAAAGAGUGAGAAAGGAGACAAGCCUGAGAAGAAGAUGAGUGAGAAAGGAGACAAGGCCAAGAAGAAGAAGAAUAUUGAGAAGGCAGAAGGCUCAACGAGUGAAAAAGGAGACAAGUCUGAGAAGAAGAUCGAGAGGCCAGAAGGCUCAAGGAGUGAGAAAGGAGAUAAGACUGAGAAGAAGACUGACGUGCCAGCUGGCCGGAAGAGUGAGAAAGGAGAUAAGACUGAGAAGAAGAUCGUGCCAGCGGGCCGAAAGAGUGAGAAAGGAGGCAAGACCGAGCAAAGCAAGAGAAAGAAAAAGGAUGAGCAAGAGGAAGAGGAUUCAACAAAGAAAAAGAAGAAGCAAGAGAAGGAACCUCCAAUCAAGUUUACUGAGGCAAAGAAAGAAGAGAUCGAACACAUUUUCCAGACACCUGACCGCAAGACCAGGAGCAGUUCUCCCCCACCUGUCAAUGACAAGAUGACGGUCAAGCAACGAGCUGAAGAGAGAUUGCGUGAGCUCACAAAGCACCUUGCGCCUUCUGACUUCGAGGAGGACAGUUCAUGUCCUGCCACAGACCUUGAGAACCUCAUGCUGCGUGGAGAGGAAAGUCCCACAGAUAAGCAGGCAGCAUGCAGCAGUGAAGAAGAAGAAGACGAUGAGAAAGACUCAGAGGCAGAAGAUGACGAGGAUGAGGAGCAGGAUGAGCAGGAUGAGGGCAAGAAAGAAGAGCAAGAAGAUUCCGACACGUUGAGCUCUGUUUCUGAGGAGAAAGAGAGCGAAGAAGAUGAGGAUGAAAGUGAUGAAGGAGAAGAAGAGGAGGAAGAGAGUGAUGUAGAGGAUGCUGAGGAGGAACAAGGAGAGUUGGCAAAGGAUGGAGAGAAGGAGACUGAGAAGAAUGCCACUCCCGAGACCCAUGCCCUUGUGCCAGUCACAGCCCACACCCAGCAACAACUUGCAACACUCAAAAACAGUGUGACAAACAAACGUGAGUGGGACACCUUUUGCAGGCAAGCGAAAUCUCGCAUGCCGGUGGCUCUCAACGACAUGUACGUGUCAAGCAAGCAAGAGUUGUUCAACAUGUGGUUGGACGCAAACCAAGACUGGACAGCCUGUGCCCUUGAAUGUGAAAGACGCCAUGAACAAAAAAACAUAGCUACCCGGGGGUGGAAGGCAGAGCAAGGGAAAGUGUUGAAGCAACGCUACAGCCCAGAAAAGUGGCAGACCAUUCUGGCCUCAAGGAAACAGAGUGGUUUGUACUACGAAGACCCUGACUUUCCUGGUGACGACGACGAAACGUGGUUUUACGUCCGGGAGGGUGCCAAGUUCCAGCGCAAGGACACCACAGCCGAGUCUACAGCCCUUAAGGCUUCAAUGGAUGUCAACCCAGAAAUGAGGGCUGCCCUGACCGACACUGAGACUGGCCUCUUGCGUCCUGGAGCUUUGCCAGCUUUGACAACGGCCACGGCGGGAGGAAACAAGCUGCUCCUGGAGGCAAUCGACAAGGUGGCAGCAGCACCCAAAAAAAGACCGAAGCCAAAGGAAGAGGACAAAUCAGAGACCGUGGAGCCCCAGACGUGGAUUCAGAAGGCAACAGCCUCCCUGCCACUUCUUUUGAAGGAUGCAGCUGAUGCCCGUACGUCAAGCAUCAAACUGCACGACAUGGAGUAUGCAAAAGAACUGUCUGACCAGUUGCUGACCCAUGCCAAAAAGCUUGAGUCACUGUACCAAGACAUGUCAAAGGCUGUGACCAGCAACCCGGAUGACAAGACUUUGAAGCAGUUGUGCAAGAAGACUGCAGACAUGGAAGCUUUUGGCGCCAAAGCGCAGGCAGCGGCAGAUGCUUUCUUGAAGCCGAAGAAAAAAAAGAAUCCCUCUGGGAAAUCCAAGGCAAAGAAACAGAAAAAGUGA